AUGGUUCCUGUAUUCUUACUGUAUUUCUUCUGGACCGUUACCUUCCAAGGCUUUGUCUGUGCAAGCCCCAGGCAUCAAGAAGGACUACUCGGCAAACCUGUACUGUCGAGAGCUAGAGCCUGCGACAAUGCAUCGCACGUAGACUGGAUCGAGCUGGCACGACGACAAGAAACUACCUUCGAAAACACCUGCGGAUUCUUGACUGGAGAUCCUACCAAGCCACGGACUGCGGAUGGUCGAGUCGAUGUGGAAAACUCGUUGUGGGGAUUCUGUCCUUCUACUGUCAUCAGCGCAAGCGAUUGCGGCCUAGCUGGCAAUUGCGUCGACUCUCAUGCAUGCUCAAAGGGUUGUGGAGCAGUUGGGAAUACCAAAAUCACUACCUUUACUUGUGGAAAUACUGGGGACUUCUGCUCCACAGCUCUACUGACUGCGAGACCCGACCAAACAUACUCCUAUAUCGCGUGCGGAAAGGUCGCGACGACAGAUCAUCUCUUAGCUGCGUUCACUACCGGAGACUCUCCAACGUCAACGCCGACACCAUCUAGCAGCUUCCCGACCCCUAGAUCGACCUCUUCGUUACCCUCAUCCACUCUUCAAACAGCCUUAAGCUCUUCGCUUGGAAGUAGUUCCUCGAUUGCUACCACGAGUCUUGCAACGACUACAUCAUCACCGACCGCCUCAUCAUCCACCUCCUCUUUCUUAGCCCUUCCACAGAAUUCGCAAAGUUCCACGACGUCAACGCCCGUUCCCACCACCAACAUCUCCGCAAUAGUUGGUGGAGUAAUCGGCGGACUUGCACUGCUCUGCAUCUCGAUCAUCGUGAUCUUCUGGCUUCGAUGCCGGUCGAACAAUCUAAUACCUUCUCAAUCUCUAGCGACAUCAUUGGAUACAUACGGUAGCCAACGAGAACUCGUCAGCAUUGAACGGCCAGCGUCUGAUUACAAAUUCAGUGGGUACAGCCCAGUAGAGAUGGCGAACAAGCGCAGUCCUGCAGAGAUUGGAACAAGGUGGACUGUCUCUGAGUUACCGGCCACUCCAAUACCGGCAUGGCACAGAGUCAGUGUAUCUAAGAGCCUGAAAGGGCUGGGAUUAGGAGUACAGCAUUGACAAGAAAGUGCUUAAGAACGCUGUGAUUGGUAAUGACUGCUUGGCUUGUAUUGUUGGAAGCAUUAAUGCGCUCUUGAAAAUGAUACGAUGCACGAUGAACGAUGAACGAUGACGACUAUGUACUGGACGCAUGUAUAAAACCACUUACGUGUGUGGGCCUGAUUCGUUGAAUCAUGUAGAUGAUAACCAAUUACCCGUGGAAUGGAGAUCU